GAUUCAUUCCGCUUUGAAUCUGGCAACGCAACGCAGCGCACCGGAUCUCCAGUAAUGCGAUUCCAAAGCAGGUUUCUAAACUCCAGAAGAGCGCUGCUUGAUCCGGAGGAACUUCUCCAACUUCGCUCCUCAUCCUCACUCCUCACUUGGUGACAAUUGCUGCUGGAUAUCAUCUCUCCCCUGUUUGACUUUUGUCUUUAUUUUUUGGAAAGUUUUAUUUAUUUAUUUAUUUAUUUUAUGCCAAAGUAGAGAUGAAUAACACCGGAUUCAACCAGACUGAGGGCGGGCUGUUCAACAAGACAGAUGAGUUUUUCUGCUGCAACUUCUCCUCCGUGGUGACUGACAACGGCUUUGUGGCCGCGGCUCCGGACGAGAGGAGCCUCUUCAUCAUGAGGGUGGUCCAGAUAGCCGUCAUGUGCGUCCUCUCCCUCACCGUGGUGUUUGGCAUAUUCUUCCUGGGCUGCAACCUCCUCAUAAAGUCCGAGGGGAUGAUAAACUUUCUGGUGACGGACAGAAGACCCUCCAAAGAAGCGGAGGCGGUGAUUGUUGGAGCCUACUGAUGGAAGGGGACGUUGACAAGUCUUGGUGCUGGAUUCAGAUGGAGAGGGUGCGACGAUCAACAGCCCCGAAAACAAGGCCCUGUUUUUAUGUUUUGUACAGUUUAUAAAAACCUGAAAAGGAGUGCUCUCUGUAAGGGCACACUGAUGGGGACUGAAGCGCACAGCUGCUCACCUUUAUUCAUGUGGCCUUUUUAAUGCCAACAGUCUCAGAGAGGUAAAGUGCGCUGAGAUCCUCUUUAGUUAAGCGUCCAAUCACGCACUGAUCUCGUUUAAUAAGUUGUAAAACAUUAGUCUGACGCGAAGGUUUUGCAUUUGCUGCUUUACAAACGCAAUGGGGAAUUAAAUGUUGAACGUUUUUGCUCUAUUUGGCAUACAAUGGGCAAGACUGGACAAAAAUAAAUGUGUACCAAUUCGCAGAAAUGAUGAAAGGCUGAAUAAAUUCCUUCUGUAAUUAAAACUC